AUGUUUAAUGGAAAGGAGUAUGAAAAAGUCGAGCUUCUUCUCGACCUUGAAACGUUUGGCGCAGAUGAUGUCAGCAGAGCAUUUCUUAAAGUGGGUGACAUUCUUGAGAUUGCAAAAGGUCCCAAAGAAACUGAAAUAGCUCUGGAGCCAGAAAUUAUUUGGUAGGUUGAGUACAUACGUUUUAAAAAAACUGUAUUUGAGCAGAUAACAUGAUCAGGAACGACAUCGCUUAACAUAUUAAUGAUAGAAAUGAAAAAGAAUUAUCCAUCAAUAGAAGCCUCUUAUCUAUUGCAAAUAAAAGACUUCCUUUGAUGGACAAUUCAAACCCUUUCUCCCUUAAAAUAAGUUUGCAUAUUCUCUAAACUGUUCUCUAUAUAUUUCGUAAGGUGCUGACAAGGAGAAUUUGGUAACAAUCAAUAGCUUUGUUAGUUGGUGAUCAUUUACUUUAUUCUCAUGACCUCAAUGUUUGAUUCAGGGGUGAUACUGUGAGGAGAAAUUAGAUGCUAUUCUGACCCUUGGGGUUUAAGUUGGGCAGUGACAUGGGUUAGUACCAUGAUACAUUAUACACCCUUAACUUCCAUAAGUUAUCAUCACCCAACUUCUCACAACAUGACCAGAUUGUUCAAAAGACAGGCAUUGGUUAAAUGAAGAACUGUUUCACCUUAAGUAUAUUUAAUUGACUUUAGAUGGUCAGCUGAAUAAAUGGUACCUAAAGGGUUGAUUUUUAUGCUUUCACUUUUCAGCUGUUACAAAUUAUCUGAGAAAGAGAUUGAAGCAUUUCUCAACCAUGUGCAUAGGGUAAAAAGUGAUGGGUCAUCUGCUGCUACAGCUGAGCUGCUAAGGUAAAUAAUGUCAAUAAAUAACCUGAUUGCGGAGAGGGCAGUUACUGGUAAAUGAAUUGUGUAUUUACUCAAUACAGAGACUUUUGCACGGCAAAAAACUAUCAGUUACAAGUUGACAACCACAAAACACCAAUUAUCCAUGUGCUUGCUCUCUUUUUUUUUAAUCACAUCCUAUAACAAGUUACAACAACUGCAGUAUCCUGCAAGCAGCAGAGUGCCUCUUAUUUUAAGACAUAAAUUGGUUCAAUUGUCUUUCUAGUUCCCAGCUUAUUGGCCAAAUUUGAGUUACUUACUCAAAUCCAGUUUUACUACCAGGUAAUAGUCCAUUUUACAGUGCUUGGUUGCCAAGCCUUUGAACAGGAAUGAGGCUAAGGGCCACCUUGUUAUGAUACAAACCUGUUACUGCUUUUCAAAUGCAAAUUAAUUUGUUAUCAUGCUAACUAGAUGCUGGUCUCUAUCACAACAAGAUCACCUUCAGCCUCACUCCAAAUCAAAGGCUUGGCAACUAAGUACACAACUAUAAAAUGGGCUAUUAAACAUAUAGAACAUAAAAAAUCCUUUUUUUGUAAAUAAAAUACUUUAGACCACACAAUUAUAAUAAUCUUAGUUUGUUCAAAUUGAAUUGCUUAAUCUUCCAUUUAACUAACUGAAUGUUUGUUGAAAUCAUGAAAUUAUAUAAAAUAGGGCACAUAUAUAUCAGUUGACGAUUCAUUCCUUUAGUCUUUAACUGUAUGUACUGAAACACUAAGAGUGAAUUUUUAUAUGUUAAUGGGGAAAGUGAUGUUCAGAUGACAUGGUAUUUUAUUGCAAGUAACUUUUAUGCACAAUAUGUAACAACUAUUAAACUGAGCUUUAAGCAGCCAGGUAAAUAUCCACCACUGGCCACUGACUCUGAUGACAUGUGAAGGUGAUCCGUUGUUUUAUUAUAUACUAAAACAGUAAGAUAGUAUGGCAGAAAAAGAUGAUUUAAACUAUAUGUUUAUGGAUGCAUUAGUCCCACUUGCACUGAUGCUCAGAAGUGAAAGGCUAUUAAAGAAUAUUCAGAGUUUGAGUAACCAAUGAGAAUGUGUCUCAGCACUAUAUCCAGGGUUUUAUUAAUUACUAAAAUGAUGUUAUUUACUGAAAAUUUACUGACCCUUAUAGCCUCACACUUGUUUGCCCUAACUUGAAGUUUUAGUAAAUUUUUCUUGUUAUUUGUUUGUUUGUUUUUCUUACAGUUGGGUGUUCUACUGAUUUCAGGGAAAUUGACUUAAUUUACUAUUAAAAUUCACCAUUUCCCACCUGGAAAGGGAAUUAACCUGCCUGGAGCUGAAACUGGUUAUAUUCCCAGUUAUUUACCACCUAUUCUAUCACAUUUUUGAAACAGAGUUUUCACAGUUCAAGGCUCUCUAGCUGUGAUCUGAUUUUUUUUAUUACCACUCAAAUUGUAAGGGCAAAAUUCUUUGUCUUCACAACUCCAAUAUAUUUCUAUGAAUAUUGAAACCUUUAAAACUGAUCAGAAGGUCCUAGGUAAUAUAACAAGUGGCUUGUAUUACCCUUGAACUGAAUUCCCAGUUUUCUGGGAAUUUGAAGGAAUUCUCAAAAAUUCCCAACUGCACAAAUAUAGGAAAAUUUUUGUUUCUUUUCUUUGUUUUUCUUGUUUUGCUUCUUGACUGAUCUAAUAGUUUUGUUGUGUUGCUUUAAUAUAAUAAUGCACUUACAUUCUUAACAGGUGUCAUGCUUUUUGGGAAUACAUCCUUCAACAUCCUUGGGAAGAUUAUAGCAAUGCAACCAAGAAAAAUUUUGCCCACAAUGUCUUACUUAUUAUUGAUAAGUUAUGCUCCAGUACUCAGAGAGGAAUGCUACCAACUGUUCAAGGAAUUGUUCAAGAAUUUUCAAAGAGUGCCUUCUUCAAAUUGGUCCUUCCUGAAAUAGUUGAGAAUUUAGCCAAAGAAAAUUGUAUCAGGUAAUAUUGGUGGCAUUGAAAAAAGUGAACAUGCAAAGAUUUAAAAAAAUUUUUUCACCUACUAGUAGAUUACAAAAUCAAUGUGUAUGAAUUAUGACACAGGCUAGCUAGGGUAUAAAAUACAAAGAACAAACUGAAGCUUAAUUCAUGGUUUUCCUCUUCAAUUAAAUACAAAUGCUAGUAGAUUGUGGUGUGCAUGAUUAUAUAUUAGUCUGAAUUUCAUACCCUGGCAUUACUUGCCCAUGUUUUUUUACCCUUAAUGUUUGGGUUUUAAUACCAAAUCUCUACUCUGUGAUCUGUUUCAUUCAACACUUUGCUUUCAAUUCUGACCUAAACAUUUUAAAAUGAAUUGCCAGACAGCAAAAGGCAAAGUAAGGGAUGCCUUUGCAGAAAAUGGUUUGUGAGAAGUCUUGGAUGAUUGCAUAUAAGCUCAAAAACCAGUGCUUCCUUGAUCAAUCAAUCUUGUUUAUUAGGAUCCUAGCCAAGGUAUCCCUGUAUGUGUACUCAAUUGAGCCAAACAUAUUUUAGGCAGCAUACGAUGACAAUUAAUUUAUUACCAACCAGCUGAAAGUGUAAGGGAGGUGUUAUUUUGUUCUUGUCAUCUGUUAAGUUUUCAAAUUGUCAAAACAGAAAAACAUAGUGAUUUUGCUAUUUGAAUCAUCAGUGGAUCCUUCAAAGUGGUGCAGAAUGUUCUAGAACAUGUCCUAAAUGUUUCACCUUCCUCUGGUCGAAGAGUUCUACCCAUGGCAAAAGUUCUUGCUGAAAGCUUAGUGAACAGCUCUUGUGGGAAAUCUGCUGUAGACUUCCUGGAAAAGUUGUCACUGAUGGUUGCCAUUGCAGUGCCAGGGGUCCAUGCAGAUCUUGAGGCUUUUUCAUGGAGAGAUCUUCCCUUGCUGCUACUGAGUGAAGAAAUCCAUAAAGAUUCAACAAGUCAGUGCAAUUAUCAAUUAAUGAUUUAAAUAAACAUAUAUUUUGGUUAAACUAAACCUGCUAACUGUUUUGCUAGGCUUUGAGCAGCCGCUACUCAAACUUAAGUAAUUGUGUAGUGCAAGCAAAUGUGAGUCAAACAGAUGCUACUUUCUGUGGUUUACUAGCUAGGUAAUUUUUUUUUUUCUCAUUUUAUUACUGAUGGACAAGUUAUACAAACAAGAAAUCCAGAUUUGUUAACCAACAAUGAAAAUUGUGUUAAUAUCCUUUAGUAUAUUGCCAUUAGACUUAUGAUGGUAGGUGCAUUUAAUUAUCAAUUAUAAAAUGAGCUUAAGUUUUCAUGAUUCAUCUAUUGAUUGAAGAAACUAGAACAACUGACUUACCAGUGAUCAAGAAAGAAGGCAAGUACCACUCAGAAAAAGAAUACUUGAACACUUACUUCAGACUUCUAAGAGAGGAGUGUUUUCACAAGUUGAAGAAUGGAGUUUCACACUUUUUAAGCAAAGGAAAGUGUGAUUCAAAAAAAGCGAUGAUGUAUAGGUGGGAACAAGUUUUUGAUUUACUUUCAAUUUAUGGCUAGCAUGUGUUAGGUACAUGAAGAAUAGUUUGGCCUCAUUCUACAUAAUCCUAUGGGUAGCUACUUCAUUACUUGUGAUUUAACAUGAAGAUUUAGAAAUCAGUGGACUGUGUUUUUGCCCAAAGAUUAGAAGUUUGAAUUGACCAUCAGUUCCACUGCUUCUACUUCAUCCUCAUCCUCCUCUUCAUCCUCAUCCUCAUCCUCCUUCUCCUCAUUAUCCUCAUCCUCAUCCUUCUCCUCCUCAUCAUCCUUCUCCUCCUCCUCAUCCUCCUUUUCUUCCACCUCAUCCUCAUCCUCACCCUCCACCUCAUAUGCUAUGCCUCAUCCUCAUUCUUUUCCUUAUCCUCCUCCUCAUCAUACUCCUCUUCCUCUUCAUUCUCAUCCUCAUCCUUAGCCUGGCAUCCCCCCUCAUCCUCCUCCUCCUCUACCUCAUCUUACUCCUCAUCCUUAUCUUCCUCCUCUUCCUGAUCCUCAUCUUCAUCCUCAUCCUUGCCCUCACCCACACCCUCCUCUUCCUCAUAUGCUCUGCCUCACCCUCAUCCUCCUCCUCAUAUCUUCAUCUUCCAUCUCCAACACAAUUAUGUUGUAGAUUUGAUGUAACAUUAAGUCUCUUAGAUAUUGCAGAUGUUAUAUAUUGCUAGUAAAGUGUUGAUAGUGAUUGCAAUUACAUCUAGGAUUACUCUGAAAGGACUAUGCACUCAUAAACGAGAAAACUCUCCAACCACCAUGUCGAUUGGAUUGCAAUUUACUGUUAACUCAGAGGAAAGGAUUGACUGGGGGUGAGCGCUUUGUUAAGUUUGAGGUCUUUGGAUGUAUAAUGUCAUCAACAGCUAGAAGGCAAGGAGACCGAGGAAGCCACCGGGCUUAUGGGAGAGCCACCUCACCUUACAAUAAUGAAUCAAGUAAAGAAAAAUGCUGCGAGUGUGUGUGGCUUGGCCAAUUCAGUGAUUAUUUAAGUAAAAACUCUUGCAUUUUUGUCUUAAAGUUAAGGUUUGGCAAAUGAGUGACUGAUGUCAGUCCUAUAGGAGAUGAUGAUAUAAUGCUUACGAUACUAGACCAGACAAGAAAGUCAACUAAUGAUUAUAGUUAAUAAACAAAUAUUAGGUUAGGUAAUCUUUGAUUGUUGUCAAACACAUUGAUUCAAACUUUAUCACUACAACAUGGCUGGCUGAAAUAUUUUAAUUUGAAUGUAUGUAGAAAAUGUGUAUGUUUAUCGGUAUGUUAUCUGGACAGAUCUGCAAGUUGGCUUGUGUAUGGAAAUCUACUGUGCAUUUCUUGUGAUGGCUCAUUUGAACAGCCUGUUUGGGCUGUAGUGGAAAAGGUAGACCAUGAACAAAGGUUGGUUACUUUUUUUAAUCUACUUCCAGCACAGACAGCCCAAGAAUGAAAUUCCUUUACUCACCUGUUGUGUCAUUUCAGUGAUUUGUGACUCUUGCGUGUAAUUCAUAGAGGUAGUAACUAAAAGUAGUCACUCCACUUAAAUAUAAAUGGCAUGUUAGGAAGCUGCUAGGUCGAAAUUGCUUUGGUGAGAUUAAUCUAAUUGAAACAUUUUUCUCAGUAAAUAUGAAUGAAUUCAGGAUUCUACUUCAUAGGGUCAUGGCCAAUGGAGGGCUGUUUGACUGGAAAAGAGGCUUUUGUUGGAAAAUUGGAGUUACUAAAAUGUAAAUUUUCUUAAAGCUUUGCCGGUAGUAAAGAAGAAAACAAUCCCUGCAUUUUUCUCUUGUGGCUACUGAUUAACCCUAGCUCUCUAAAUAUGCUUCAACCAUAGAGUGAUAUGGGUGGCACUUUGUGGUGAUAAAACAAACAACAUAUCAGAGGCAGAAUUUGUAAUCAAACUACAAGGGAUAACAGAUGAUGGUAGGUAAAUUAAAGAUAAGAGGGAAUUGAUGCUUUUGAUUGAGGUUUUUAAAGAAGCUCAUUUUUGUUGUUAACUGACAGCACUUAAUUAUUUGAAAGUUAAAUGAGCUACUCAAGAAUGUAGUCUUGUCAACUGACUUAAAGCUGUAAACAACUGAUCUUUGAAAAAUUCAAUGUUGUUACUCAAUUGACUGAACUAGUCAGUUGCACGGGAGAUGCUAACAAUAAAUUGUAGGGGGGAGGGAGGGAGGGGUUUAGCUUGAAAUAGGUAAUUAAUAGCAACCUUUUGACUGAUAGCCAUUUUGUUAUAUUCAGAUCUGUACUAAUGUAAGGAUUAAUUUUACUUGAAAACUAAGAGAUCAAUAAUACAUCCCACUAAUGACAUUUUAAAUAAAAAUUUGUUGCAAGGUAGCAUCAGGAGAGGUUAAAUAUGCCCUGUUUCACGUUCGACAGAACUACCCAUUGAAGGAAAAUAGCAAAUCUUUUUUCUCAUAAGCAUGUGGGCUAAUUUUUGCAUGCCUGCAGUUAUGAGUAAUGUAGUGCCCAGUUCAGGAUUAGCCUGGCAGUAUAGUGACAGAAUCACCUAAUUUUCGGUUGACAUUGUUUAUUUUAGUUGAAAUCUGAUAAUUCUGGAUACAGCACAUGACGGCAGAGUUUUUUCAACCUUUCUGCAGUCAAAAUUCACUCACCAUUCAGUCACAGACUGUUAUUACAUAAGUUAUAUCGACCUUGAGUGGUAUGACUGCGUUAUAAUGCGGUGCUGAUGAAAUACCUGGACGUGUAUAACACGAUUGUAACACUUUCGUUUUUCUUUUUUGGAUACCUUUAAUAGGGAAAGAAGCUCACAUGGCUGAAAGCCAGACAUUUUACCUGUCUUUUGGUCCGGCUAUGGAUAUUUUGCAACACAAAGGUUGAUCAUCGUAGAUCCGUCUUAUCACAGUUAUCAAUCACCACUGGCAAAUUAGCUCAGUCUCAACACACAGGUUGAUCAUCGUAGAUCCGUCUUAUCACAGUUAUCAAUCACCACUGGCAAAUUAGCUCAGUCUCAACACAUAGGUUGAUCAUCGUAGAUUCGUCUUAUCACAACUAUCAAUCACCACUGGUCUAUUAGCUCAGUCUUAUGAUAUCCUUUAGUCAUCCAAUAAUGUCCUAUGUGAUUGAGGAUAUUAGUGUUCAUGCAUCCUACGUAAAGUGUUAACUGGAAAAUUUCUCAUAACCAUUAUUAUAUUAGUUAAUGUUCUUUAUCGACUGCAGAACGUUGACCUGAAAAUAAUCUGAACUGUUUUUUGCCAAUAAUUGCCCCGUUCUGAGAUACAUACAUACAUACAUACAUACAUACAUACAUACAUACAUACAUACAUAUAUGUUUACAAAAAAACUUUUAGUUUGAAAAAACAGUAAGUAAGCAGUAAUUUUCAAGUUGUCCAUUUCCUACAUGCUGGUGACUCUUUUUAAGUGCGAAUUUUGUAGGAAUUCUUUAAAAAAAAGUUGUUAGAUUCUUAAAAGAUGCAAGACAGUGAUGUAUUUGCUUUUUGUCAACAGCUACGUGUAUGAUUAAUUUUUGACUGAUAUUUUCUAGAUUCUGUUCCGUUCAAGGAUUUCUUAGUACAUCCAGAGGCCAAUCACAUGUGUCAAGCUGAGUACGUUCGUAAAAUAGAAGCUCCUCCUGACUGGGGAAUCAUAUUUGAGUCUCCACCAAAGUCACAUGACCAAGAUGAGUCUUCAGUGUACUCUCUUGUGGAAGACUUUGAAAGAAUGAAAUUAUCAAAUAUCAAGGCAAAACUAGAUGACACACAACUCGAUGCAAUUGACCUUGCACUUAAGAACAAAGUGGCCUUAAUUCAGGUAUGAUUGCGUAGUACCUGUUGAUAUUUUUGGGUUGUCUAUAAAAUCUUAAGGGUUUUGGAGGAUUACGGAUUACUUAUGAGAGAAAAUGUUUCAAUAACGACCAAGAAAGAAAAGCUGUCAGCCUACGUUUUGCAGAUCCCAUGCUUAUAUUUCUCAGAAAAUCUGAGAAGUGUGGAAAACAUUCGAAAACUCAACAUAGGUCAGUUAUGCCCUCAGCCCCGUGAUCAGACGUUUAAUGGUAUUACUACUGACAACCACGAUCAAAUUUCCAACAUUUGAUUGCAUUGUGCAUAAUGCUUUGAGUAGUUUGAUUGAAAGCUCAUAGUGAUUUCCUACCAGCACUAAUUUUGUAAUUUUUUAAUUAAAAUGGCCUACAUGUGAUACAUACAUAUAUAGUUUAUUGGCUUGUCCUCACGGGGCUGUUCAGAGUCAAUAUGAAUCCUAAAAUUUUUAUCUUUCAUGCAGGGACCUCCAGGAACUGGGAAAUCUUUUGUUGGUGUGUCUCUUGUUCAUUUGUUAUUGUCAAUGGAUGUACCGAAGACAUUUGGACCCAUUUUUGUAAGUAUUUAAUGUAUAUUGAGAAUGCAUUACUCCAUAAUCUCUUUGUUCAGCCCCCUCUUGAUUUUUAACCGUUCCCCACUUAUGAAUGGACUAAAUUUAUCAUAUGCCCCUCUCUCUGUCGAGUCCGCCCUUAUGGUUGACAAUAUUUGAUCUGAUGAGCCAUAUACAAUGCACUAAAUGUGAAAACAAGGCGUUUUGCAUGAGUUUGUAGUUUGUUACCAAACGAAAGAUGAUUGAUAUGUACUACGACCAUUUGGUAUUUGUCAACAAAAAACAAUAACAGGGGCACGUAAAGGAAAUGGUGGACAUAUCACAUAAUGCCAAAUCUUUAGCAAAAAAAUUCAAAAGGCGUGACUCAGAAACAUUUAUUUCCGGAAAUUGUUUUCAGUUGUGUAGAGGCUUUAAUGUUGCAGAUAACAUUAAUUGUUAUGAAAAUGCUCACAACUUGAGGUAAGAGCUAAAAAUAGUGUGACAUGCACAUCGCAUGAAAUGUUCAAAAAGGUUUGUUAGCCUGUGCUGACGCCGCCGCAAAAAACGAUCAGUGAGGGUUCGAGUUGGAAAGACCACCUGUUCCAAAUUUCUCAUGUUUGCCACUUGAUUGAUUUGUAAAGGUUAUAAGCGUACUGAUGUUUUUUUUCCUUUCUUACCCUGUUAUUCUUACUUGACUAUUCAAAGGUUGUCACUUACAAGAAUGACGCUGUAGACCAUUUCUUGGAAGGGUGUCUAGAUUUAUCGUCUAAGCCCAGAAUUGUCCGUGUUGGAAAGUCAUCAAGAUCAGAAAAGUUGGAGGACUGUCUCUUGUUUAACGUAAGAUUUGUUGGAUCUACCUGGGCUUGGCUGUUUGAAACCUGAUUGACACUAAUCCUGGGUUACAUAUACAUAAAAAUAAUUCAUUUUCAUGAUGUUUAAAUCAAGAUUAGUGCUGAAUGUCCUUUCAACAACUCGGUCAAGGGUCCGUAGUGGUGCUGCUGCACGUUACUGCUGAUAAAAUUUUGUUGGCAUUUGUUGGAACCAUCACCGAUCAGAUGACACUAUAGAUUAAAAAUGAACUUUUGAAACGUUAUGCUUAACAUAGCCUUUUCUUUCAAUUACUGGAUUUUGUCUAUUUUACUUGCCUUACUUUAGAAUUUUCACGAUAUUUUUCUAGUAAGCAGUUUACGUGAAGUUGAAAUUUAAUGCAAGCUCAUUGCCACCAGCUAGCAAGCAGUCCCUCUUUAAAAGCGUUGCGGCACGAGCGUUUUUUCGCCCAUGUAGAGGUAUGGGUCCUCAAGCGAGACCUCUCGCGAGCCGGCGAGAGGUCCGCAAAAGCUUUGGCACUACUUCUCGUUAUUUGUACCAGAUCCCUUAUAGACCUCUCGCCGGCUCUCUUUGCUCAGGGUCUGAAACCUACUCGCGGGCAAAGGAGCGGUCAUCCAGUAAUAAGCCUUCGCAUUUUUGCAUAGGUGUGUAAUGAACUUUUAAUGAUAUUUGAUUUGACAAUUUUCCUUCUAAAUAACGCUUGUGUGAUCUCUAUUCAUAUAGGUAAAGUCAAAGUUUGUGUGGUCUGAAGUUCUCAAAACGCAAAAAGAAAAACUCAGAAGUCAACUGCGAAAUAUGCAACAUCUCGUGAAAGAGGCAUACUCGAAACUUCAGGGUUCCUGUGUUUUUAAUGCUGAUAUGUUCAUCCAGGUGUGGAUCUAUGUUUUAAAGUACCCCUCAAGGUGUUAAUUUGUGAUUCAAUUAUUCCAAGUGACAAAGGGUUAUUAUAAACCUUAUGCAUGUUCAUGUGAAACUCGAUGGAAGACGGUUGGUUGAUGGUACAUUUGCCCGUCACCUUAUUACUCCAUCAGGAAGGCAAUGGGGCUUUGAUUUCAUACCAGUGACGUACAAUUCUCCCCAACUUUAAGUUCUGAUUAUGUGAAGGGUGGGUAAUGUUACUAUGUGAUUAGAUAAUUAUUUGGCGGAUAGUAUAGUUUGUUUUCGAACACUUAUGCACUUUAGAAAUUAGUUUACCCGUUGGAUAGCGUUAUCCUACCCUCAAGCUUAGACUGUGCUGUGUGGCCCUAUGGAAUAGCUGCAAAAAACGUACUUAUGUUCACCCUAAAAAUUUUUCUUAAAGACAGCAACUGAAAAACAGGUCAGGGAGCUCCUGAUAGAAUCAAAUGACCAAGCGAAGGUGGAUAAGCUACUCAAAGAGAGAAGCAUGGAUGGGUCAUAUAAAUCUCACUUGAAAGGUGCAGGAAUAUUUCAUUUGUUAAACCUUUCUUACUUUUCCCGACUUAGAUUCCGAGAUGUUGUAUGUUUUUUCCUCAAAAAAUAUUUUAAUAUGAGAAAAACUUGAAAUUUUCGUAGGGAAAAUUUUCAGCGAUUUAUGAAAGAUCGACGUCUGCCAAAGGACUGAAAUAGUUUCAAUAAUGAUUUAAGUUUAUAGUGCAAAACGCAGUUGAAGUGUUGUUCUUUAAAUUUGAAUUUUUUACUUGGUUAGCACUAAAAUAGUUCAAAAUGAGUCGAGACGAGUAUUUAAUGUUUUGUUCCAACAUGUUUCUUUGGUGACAUUAUUACCUUGCUUAUCUGACUAACUCCCUUGCUUUGAAGAAAAUCUCUCUUUGUGUUGGACGUUACAGGGUGUGUAAGAAACGCACUAGGCAAGUGGCUUCCUGGACAAGUAGAAUUUGAUCGGUUUGCCAGGGAGAACGGAUUUCAGGAACGAGUAGCAAGCCGUCACAUUCAGUUACUGAAUCAAAGUCAGAGCGCACAAGGUACUUUUGAUGCUUUCAUUUUUAUUAUAUUAGACAGAAAAAAGGUAAACAGGGCAAAUUUGUGGCGAUACAAGUUGAGUGAAAAUCGAUGAACGCCCGUUGGCCUACCUGAAACGAAACAAAACUUAUCUACGUUUUGCAAUGAUUGCAGCUUUGUUCUUUGGUACUGCAAACACGGAGUAAGGUCGUAACUGCACAAGCGCAGCGUGGCGCAUUUCUCUCCGAAGGCAUUUACCGGAAGAAACCGGGUGUCAUUCUAAUUAACUGAGAAAAGAAUUUACAUCAGCGAGAUUCUCGCGAAUUCUCGCACCUCGUAAACGGUUGGGGCUUGCGAUAGAUUUUCAGAGUGACUUGAGAGUCCGAAAUGGUCAUCAGGAUUUUGAGGCAAGACGCCGACAUAUGAUUCACCUGGCUUUUUAUCAAUAGUCCAUUUUACAGUUGCGUGCUUGGUUGCCAAGCCUUUUACAACAAGGUCACCUUCAGCCUCACUUCAAAUCAGAGGCUUGGCAACUAAGCACACAACUGUAAAAUAGCCUAUUGUCUAAGCUCGCGCUCGAGAAGUCAAUUUCGUCUUAAUUCAAGGAAUUCCGUACAAUAAAAUACAGGCAUUAUAAUCAGUCUAAUCAUCUUCGCGGCCUCUAUGUUUUCAGCAGUGUCGUACCGUGAACGCAUUAUACAAACGUUUGCUUGCCUGACGAUCUUUUCGGCACGCACUCGACAAGUCUUCGAAAUUGUUGGGGAAUAAGCUUGGGAAGAAAGUUCAUUUUAAAAUUUGAAUGUUUAGUGAGUGAAGAAACAUCACGUCACGUGUUUCUAUUUCGCCGUGAAACAAAAAUCUUACAAGUUGAACUGUUUACCAACGGAACAUUUUCAUCUGGCGCAUGAAAAACAAUGUGCUCAUACUUUACUCCAGAUCUCUGUAUCAAAUCUUCUAUUGUAUAAGGCGUCUUACAAUGUUAAUAUACCACCUCAUUUACCACAUUCGCCUCUUAAAUGUCCACAGUUAAUCGUAAAGUAGGCUAUGCUGGAUCGUGGAUCAAAUCUGACCAUAUAAACGUUUUGAAAUUUUAACCUAAGACGCCUUACAUACUUUAUUUUGAGUGAUUGUACACUUAAUUCGUAGUAGAAAGAGUGGUUUAUUGACGUUUCUCCCCACUGCAAGUUCGCCCCCUGCCAGUUCACCCCAUCAAAUAUAGCAUGUUCGCCCUACGUUCACUAUUUUGCCCAAAGAUCUUCAACUCGUCUCCUUACGGCAAAACAUAUGGCCAUUGUGAUUUCUGUGGCAUUAUACUAGCUGUUGGUAACUGUUGCUUGUUUUGUCAGUGACAAGUUAAUAGGUGCAAAACCUGGUUGUUGAAAUAAGUCCUAGGCUAGAUCUGAGAUCUUAUUUGUUUAGUGAAAAUAUUGAUCUCCACUCUGCUACAUGCAGAACUAAAAAGCGAAAACUGGAUCAAGAACAGGAAAACCCCGAUGACUUCCGAGAGCCUUCUGUAGAGGAAGAUGAGCGGAUUUCCUCAGCCUUAGAGUACGAGUUUCCUGACGAUACGCAAGAUAUUUCUGACACCAGCACACAUGACACAUUUGGAGAACGAAAACUUAUUCCCAUGGAUGAGAGAAGUGAGUUUUUUUGGUUUUAAGUUCUACUUUUUAAAUUUGAUAAAUACAAAUACCAGUUUAAAAAAAUUGCAAUUUGCAAAAAAAAAGUAUGAAGUAUAUACAGCUUCUGUUUUCUCAUCAGUGUCUCUUUUUGAUGACGAAGCUAAGUGCGAAGCCUUCGACAUGAAAAUAAUCUUUCACUAUCAUGCCAGCAAAACUCGUUUUCUUUAGAAAGUUGGGCAUUUAGCUUCGUUUUGAACGUGAGGGUUCUCUGGAACUCGGAAAUUUCCUAUUAGAUAUUUACUGGCGUCUUAUAGAUGUAACCUAACCUUUAUAGCAUCCUCAAAAGAUUAACCUUUGUCUAACAUCUGGUGCAAUCAUUUCCAUACAUGGAGAGACUUUUAGUAUAUGAUUUGGUGAGCAAGAUUGAUUUAACCAAUGAGAACGUUUGAAAUACAAUAUCCCAGGCUGAGAAUUAAAUAGUUGGUAAUUGAGAAACCACUAUAAUGGUCAUAAACCAGAUCAGAACAUCCCAUUUUCUACCGUGAUACGGAUUUUGUACAUGGCGUGUAUGUAAAAUGGCAUUUUUUCCAUACUAGAAUGUUAUGUUUAAAACCAUUGUUAUUAUCGUAAAUGUGAUCUUUUGCCAGAAGUUGACCACUUCAUAAGGUGCUCAGAUGAAACAAAUAUCUGGGUUCUCAAUCAGCAUGCAAGGAUUCAGCUAGUGUAUGCUCUUCAAAGCUUGUAUGCUGAGAAGGCCCGUAUGGAGUUUCUUGAUGUGAGCAGGGAGGCCCAGGAGGUAAAACACAAGCUUCGAUUGUGACAGUAAUAACGUCAACUAGAAAAAACGUUAUUGAAUAUCUUUUACUUAAUGUUUUGUUCUUCCCUUAGCCACAAAAGAUGUAGUUUCAAAAACAUCUUUUCACAGUGAUCAUGAUAGUCUCCCUUAAACGAAGAAAAAUGCGCAGAUUUGAAAUAUCCUCUUCUAUUUAGUUGGUCAUCUAUCAGUAUAUAAACAAAAUGCGUUGUAAGUAGUACAUUAUGUUGUAAAAAGAGCCAAAUUGAUGAAAAAACGGUGUGUAACCCCAUCUUUUCACGUGAAAUUGGUCCGGCUAUCAGCGAAUUCGUUCUCAUAACAACAAGUUCUUCUUUGUACCCUGAACACCGAAUAUGUAUUUUGCACAAUGACCCAUUUGUCUCGAAUAUUUAUUUUCGUUUCAGGGUCCCCUUUAGUGAAGAGCGAACUCAUUAUUUUGAAAUUUUCUUACCGCUCAUGUUGCUAGGUUUUUUAUGAUUUCAUUUAUGCACUUAUACUUGGUGAGGUAGGGAGUGUCUUUUAAGGACAAUUGACUUGGCUGUGCGCCUUUCCUUUUCUCUAAAUUUUACUGUUGAACUUAUUCACAGAAACAUCACCAGUAUACAGCGUUGAGAAAUAAACAUGAGAUCGAUGUGAUGAGGCAAUGUGAAAUUAUUGGUAUGACGGUGACUGGUGCAGCCAUGAGAGCCAAUCUGCUGGGUAAACUAACAACACGUUGUAUUUUGUUGUUGUUAUUGAUGUGAAUAUGUUGGUGGUAGUGUUGGUGCAAGUUCAUUUCAUCUCCUAAUCAACUUCAGACUGUAUGUUUAGUUUUCCAAUUUUAGGAUACUUCACAUAUAGCAUAGACUUUGUGAUAGUGUAGUGUGAUCGUCCGGGUUAGUGUAAUCUUAAGAUGGACUUUUGUCGGUAGUGGUGACUGACGUUUCGACAACCUGAGUAGAAGUCAUCAUUAGAAUCAAGAGAAUCAUUAGUUGUUGUCAGUCAAUUGAUCUAAGUCCGGUUCGUAUAAACUGAUUAAUUCAGUUUUGCCGUGAUGUUAUCCGCCGUAAGACUCAAGUGGCGUAGGUCGGUUGCGAUCGGUCGGUUUCGAUCUUUCAGUAAAGUCAGGUCGUUCUGUUCGGUUCGUCUGUAAUGUUAAUAUCAUGCAUGAGUCGUUUGUAUGGUGCCGGUAGAGGUUGACACCUUUUGAGGGAAAUUUGUUCUAUGUUUGCAAACCAGCUUUCCAGAGUCAGUCGUUGGAAGUAGUUGGUGCUGUCAAUUAGGCAUUGCGCAGAGUCCCAGUCAAUAGUGUGUUUCGUAAGUCGAUGAUGUUCAGCAAUGUGAUUGUUGAAAUCACCUUUCCUCGUCGCUAGCUUGUGUUUAGUCAGUCUUGUUGUGAGUUUUUGUCAGUCUCGCCGAUGUAGGAGGCGUGGCAGUCGGAGCGAUUGAUUUUAUAAACCGCUCCCUGUCUGGUCCUCGGUUCGUCCUUGUCCUUGACGUUUGUCAGUAACUGACGUAGUAAAGUGAUGGGUUUGUGGACGACGUGGAUAUUGAAGGGUUGUAGGAUGCACCAGAUGUUCUCAGACAUGCAAUAUCAGACAUGUCAUCACGAUGUAGUCCUUGGAAACAUACUAAAAUUGUUUAAGUUUGUCAACUAGCUCUUUUUAAAUUACCCACUGUCCAAACAAUGAUUUUUUUUUUUUAAAAACUGGCGGGGAAUUCGGUAACUUCGCGAAUGUCAUUUCAGUCACAUAUCAUGCUAUCACUUCGACUGAUUCGUGAGAAUUUUUUGAGAUGUGAAACCGAGAGCACCGACAUAGUGUGAAGUUGGGCUCAUUUUGCACUGACUUUUUUAUUAUCGGGAUUAAAAUUAUGGUUAAAAUGGAGUUUCCAUUCGCUACGUAUGGUUCUGAAUGAUCGUAAUGCCUUUCCACUCACAGUUCAUUUGCUGUUGUUUAAUAUACUUUCAGAGGAAAUAAAGCCAUCAGUUAUGAUAGUAGAAGAAGCUGCCGAAAUCUUAGAAGGACAACUUGUGGCAGCUAUCCCGCCAUCCGUUCAACACCUUAUCAUGAUUGGUGAUCAUCAGCAGCUGAAACCUGUGGUACAAAACCCCAGACUCCGAAAGACAAAUAACCUUGAUGUCUCCAUGUUCGAGAGACUUGUGAACUGCAAGAUUCCUUUCAAGCAGCUUGAGUAUCAAUGCCGAAUGAGAGACGACAUUGUUGAUUUGCUCCGAACGCUAAAAUCUAUAAGGAGCUUAAAACAAAGACGGAGGUAAAUGCUGGAAAGUAUGGACCUAAGUGGACAAUGGCUUUCGCACAAAGUUUAUCUAAGGGAAGGUUAUUACUUUUCGCGGGUGGAGGACACCUAUUUGCCAGUGCUUGCCCUGCUGAGGCUAGGAGAGAAUCGGCGCUCUAAAAGGGGGGUUAAAAACAUAAAUUCUUUGUGUUACUUACGUUAACGAUUCCCUCUGUUUACUAACCUUACUGCCAAACCCAUUCCCUCCAUGCUAGAUUUAAAUCACUCCUUUAGCUACAAGGAGUUGAAAUUGGUUUUGCACGGAGUUACAGAGCUUGAAAUGUAUAGUUAUUUGUUCUACCUCUCUAGCUAA